AUGUUUAAUCUUGGCCCCGUGACCUUCAGACUCUGGGAAAACCGCGCGUUUCUAGAACAUGAUCCUAGAUCAUUGAUCGUCAACACUUCUGAAAUAGAGGCUCAAGUCUUCCAAAACCAUCAAGCCUCGAACCAGAUAUUUGAAGAUGAAUCCAUGUCUUUGGAAGUCCUUAUCUGA